AUGUCUGCCGAACCAUCGAUUUUCAAAGCUCCAUUGGUUGAACUUGCUAACACAUGCUUUAUAUGCUCUAAAACAUAUAUAGCGCCACAGAAAUUACGCCAUCAUUUCAAAAAGCACGGAAUCAAUGUUCCCGAACGACCUGUUGGCGUUAGAUGUCAUGACACACCCGAUUAUUCAUUUGUAAAAGCUGAUGGCAAACAUCCAGAUAUUCAAAAGCACUUUGGCUGUCUGUCUUGUCCUGCUCAUUUUAAACUUUUAAACGAUUUAAAAGAUCAUCUUAUCAAUGACCAUCCCAAAUCUAUGCCGCCAGCACCGCAACACCAAGAAAGCAAUGACGUUUCACCACAUUCACCAAAAAAACGAAGUGUGGAUGAGAUUGUAGACGUCGAUGACGUUGACACAGAAUUAAUGGACCAUUUAUGUCUAUUAAUCAUACCUCCUUGCGAUGAUGACCGGCUCAUGAUUGGUGACUUUGAUGCGACCGAUGCAUUUUAUAACUUUCAACAGUCCUUACUGGCUCAUAAAUGGAAACUCUCUCUGGAGGACCAUAUCCAAUAUGCCAUGGCGUCCACCUCAAUUCUAUUCUUGUCUAGAAAUCAAUAUUCUGAAGAUUUUCUGCCAUUUUUCGAUGAACACAACCUAAAGGCUACCAUUGACCGUGUUGAUACUAUCUAUGAUAUCAAGAAACCACGAAUGCCUACCAACGUAGUCAUGGAAAUCAUCAAGAUCAUCGAAGACCUUUUAUCUACCGCGACAACAAGAGAAAAGGCUGCUAUAAAAUUAUUCGGAUUGGAUCUUACCACAAACGAAUAUAAGUUUGCCAAAGCAAUAGCAGAGCUGGUCAAGAAACUACCUCGUGUAUCCCUUGCAGAAGAGUCAAAUGAAAUGGAACUUUGCUCUCGGUAUGUCGAUCCAUUCUUGUGCGGUAUAUUUGAUGAACCCGAUGAAGGCGUUUUUUUGCGAUGGACGAACGAAACCAUAUUAGAAGCGAAAAAGCAACAAAGCUUGCUGAGUUGGCGAUCCGAUAUUUGCAUCACCAGAUUACAAGGCGUCAAAUGGAAAGCGAACAUUGGUUUUGGGGAGGCAAAACCAGCACAUCAAGGCUCUAACCAUUACUCGGUCUGUCGAGAUCUUUUACGCGUCUCAGUUUUUUGUAAAGACGCCCUGGAUACGCAGAAAAUGAUGGGAACUAUGGGUUUACAGAUCGUUGGUAGAACAAUCACCUUUUAUAUCUUGGUAUUACCUUCAAGUGGUCUAUAUAUUAUGCAUGAACUUGCCAAAAUUAAGAUUCCAGAUUGCCUGAAUGAUUUACCAAAGCUGGUUACCGAUAUUUCAGACGUUUUGCUUGUACUUGACGUCUUUGAUCGAAUUUGCAUUCCAUCUGUUGAUUGUCCACAUCCCAAGCGACAUCGCCUAACAAUAAGUAGCUCCAUCUUCGACCAACUUUUUUUCUACAUCUCAAAAUCAUAA